UCGGGUGCUUCAAAUAUUAUCUUUAAUUCUACAUUGUUUUUUAAUAGCUUAUAAAGUUAAAGCAGCCGAGAUGUCGGCAAAAUCGGAUUCUAUGCCGUGUGUGUGUACGGAGGAGAGUACAACUGAAGAAUCCUUGGUCAGCUUGCACUGCGAGUGUCCUCGGGAUGAGCACGAUAUCGUCAUCCACGAGGAAACAUGUCUCUUGUUCAGGAGCGAGAAGAUCACUUUCUAUCGUGAUCCGACCUGUGAAUGUGACCCGGCGACGGCUGGGACAGAGGACUGUCCAUGCUGCGGGUGUCCCAUCGACCAGUGCCGCUGCAAUAUGGUCAGCCGAGAAGCUUAUGACGAAUGGCGCAGCAAUCGCGGAAUAGAUGCGAUGCCAGCGGUGCUGGAGGCGACGCAUCCUCUGAUGCAAAAGUUCCAGGAGACCCUCAAACAGUUCCUCAUCAAGGAGAACGCACUCGCUGAAGAACAGAUUCUCAACCUUCGUGAAGAAUUAAAGCAGCAAAAGCAGGAAUAUGACAAGGACUUGGAAGCCAUCUACAAGAGUGACCAUGACACCAACUCGCAAAGGAUCCUUAUAGAAGAGUACGAAGCCUCGCUAGCACAGCGCACGCUAGAACGCGAAGCCGCUGAGAAGCGAGCCCGGGAGGCACAGGAGGCUCAUAAGAAAGUAAAGGCAAAGCUGGAUGAAGAUAUAAUUAGAGAACGUGAAACCACGGAAGAGAUGGAAGCACUGAAUGCGUUGUGCCAGCAGUUGGAGUCGUGGCGGAACGAGACGGACUCCGACCUGACUGUCAGCCAGCGCAUGUCUGACAAGAUGAGGGCUGAGAAGCGAGCUAUCGCUGCUGAGAAAAGACGGCUGGAUAUGUUUCUGUUCGGGUUGAGCAAUGAGGUCUGGAAGCUGGAGUCGAAGCUGGAGAUGUUCAAGAAGCAACUAGAGAUCAAGAACUCGGAGAUGGAGAAAGUUAACGAUAGAGUGACAGCAUAUGCAGCUGAACUGGAAGACUUGGAACUGGACAAACGUCGCCUGGUCUCCCUGUGGAACUCCGUCAUUGUAAACAUCACGCAACGUGACAAGGUCUACGACUCCGUCCGAGAUGAUUACCAAACUUUGCAAGACAACUACCGCACACUAAUAAACUCUUUGGACAUCACAAAGAAGGUUGUGAUGGAGGAGAUGAACAAGGGCAAGGAGAUAGCCCUCAACAAGGACAAGCUCAUCUACGACAUCGAACACGCUACUAAAAUUCAUGAUACGGAGUACGCUAAGCGGCAGAACUUAGAAACGCUAAUCCAAGAAUUGACUGAGUCUAUAGAAAUGACAGAACGGGAUCAAGAGAUGAUUAAAUCUGAGAACCAAACAAUGCGAAAUAUAUUGAAAAGCACGGAGAAGGAACUGGACAGAAGGGUGGAAUAUAAGCUAAAGAUGGAGAAUGAGAUCCUGUUGAACCUGCAAGAGUGCCUACUCAAUGACAAGGCUGUGGAGUCCAUGGCUAAUGGGAUUAGGAAGAUGAGGGAGGUGGCAAGGAAACAGGAAAUAUCCCUAAUGUCAAUGGAGAACCAGCACGCUCGCAUACUCUUAGAAAUCGAGAUAAUGCGAAACCGUCAAGCGAAGAACGCAGCGGUACUGCAAGAGACGGAAGCUCUGAUGAAACAGAAGGAGCAAGAGAUUGAUCUGCUGCAGGCUGAGUAUGAUACCAAGCUGUCGGUCCUGACGAGGAAGCAGAGGGAGCAGGAUAUCGUCACCAAGAAAUUUAUCGCAUUAAAGGAGAUAUUUGAUAUGAAGUCUCCCCAAGAGCGUCGUAUCGAGGGUCUGGAGAAGCAGAUCAAGUGUCUGCGGGAGCGUACGGAGGUGAUGCAGCACGAGUGGUUGCGGCAGCAGGGCCACGUCGUCAAACUGGCAGACCAGCACCAUGUCAUGGUCACAGACAUCAACCUCAUUAGUAAACAGAUCCAAAUCUGUGAGCAAAAAAUAAUGCGUAUCCAAGCGGAGUCCGACACGGUGGUAGCAGACAGGAACCGCGUGGAGCGCUCGCUGCGGACCUUGCGCGGGAGACUUGAGGUACUGGAGCGGACGCGCAAGGACGCCACCGAGAGGAACGAACACGCUCAGAGAAGCAACGUCGCCAUAUCACAUGAAUAUGCUGCUAAUCUCAAGGAUGCCGAAACAGAAAUAAUCCAACUUGAAGAUGAAAUAGAGCAGUUGGAUAAAGAGAAGAUGAAUCUCACACAAGAAUUAGAUCGAGUUCAGAGGGAGGCACUUAUUUGGCAGAGGAAGGUUGGUACUACCAUAAAUGAUCGACAACUAUUAUAUUUUCAUGGUGGUUAUUCCUUUUUUAUCUUGUAUAUUUUUCAUUUUCAGGGAAUAUUAGCAGUAGAACUGAAGAAAAGCAUGACGGCUGCAAAGUCGCUGAGCGGUGAAAUAGGACAGAUGAGGGCUGAAAUACAUAGGAUGGAGGUCCGUCGAGAACAACUCCGUCGCACCAGUGAGAAGCUGGCCGAUGACUUGGCGCUCUUCGUAACACGUCGAGACACCGCCAUGGAGAAAACAAGGGCUGCUGCAGCCGUCGAGAAGUCCCAUGGAGGUUCCAACACUUCGCAGUCUACUUACCAUCACAAAUUGAGACUUGCUAAAGCUGAUGUGAACCGAGUUACUAAGGAAAUAUCAGACGCGAAGGCUCAAAUGGAGCAAUUGAUGAAGGACCAGGAACGUCUCGACCGCGAGCUAGCCGAGGCCAACGCUAAGAACUCGCAGAUGGAGGAACGCGUCGCGGAGAUCAUCAAGGAGACCAUGGCCACUGAGCGGAACAAACAUUGGCUCCUUGAACGCGUAGUCCGAGCGCAACGCUUCGGGACUGAACUUGCUACUGCUAUAAAGCGGCAGUCAGUUCGCUGUAAGAAGCCGAAAGACCAAGUGUUAGGAGACCACGCCCAAGCGAGGAAGUUGAAUGAACGUCUGCGGUACAUUGUGGGAGUGCUGGAGAACGAGUAUCCACACCUUGAGGAUAAGCUUGAAUGUAUAUUCAACACAUUGAACAUAUUCUCUCCAGGAGGGAGUCCCGGCCUAGCUGCCUCCGAUACCUGUAGCUACAUAGACAGAGGUUUCGUCAUGACUGAUCAAGACAUUCUUGAUGCCGCCAAGGAAAAAAUAGGAAUCCUUCCUGAGGAGCAGGGCAACCAACUUGAAGAACUGCAAGAGCAGACUUGAAUCCAGUUAUUGACCUACUCUCAAUUUUUAAUAUUUAUUGUGUUUGUGUGAUAUGUGUUGUGUAAUAAACUGUGUUUUAAAUUAAUAAA